AUGUCUGCUGACGGUUGCUGUGCUUUAGGCUGAUGUACAGCAUUUUAAGAGCCGCAUUUUCCAGCCCCACCCUGUGAGCUUCUCCUUUCCCUCUGGCCAGCGAAGUCUCAGGUGAAACAGAGGUCAGCGGCUGCCUUCAGCAGCGGCUGCUGGCAAGAGAUUGGCGGCUGCAUCUGCACAUCACAUCGACCCCCUGGCCGCAGGGACGAAGAGCCCCGCGCUCCGCAAGAGGGCUCGGCCGCCGGACUGCAGAGUCCACGAAGCGGAGCCACCGUGAGGCACAGCAUGAGUUCAGGUCUGAUUGAGAACUAUGUGGCAGCCAUGGUGCUGAGCGCAGUUGGUGAUACCCUGGGCUAUUACAAUAAAAAAUGGGAGUUCCUGCAGAAUGGCCAGGAGAUUCACAGGCAGGUUGCACAGAAGGGAGGGCUGGGAAACAUCAAUAUAGCGGGCUGGAAAGUCAGCGAUGACACAGUGAUGCACUUGGCUACGGCUGAAGCUCUGGUAGCUGCUGGGAAACAGCCAAGUUUUCCAGAGCUCUAUUCCCUUAUAGCAAAGCACUACAAGGACUGUAUGGACGACAUGGCUGGCAGAUCUCCAGGUUUUACCUGCGUUCAAAAUGCACUGUGCCUGCAGCCAGACCAACCAGAUGGCUGGAGGAUUCCGUUUAACAAGAAUGAGGGAGGAUGCGGGGCUGCCAUGCGGUCCAUGUGCAUUGGACUGAGGUUUUGUCAUGCUGAGCAGUUGGACAGCUUGAUUCAAGUCAGCAUCGAGAGUGGUCGAAUGACCCAUCAUCAUCCAACUGGCUACCUGGGAUCCCUGGCUUCUGCUCUCUUUACCACCUAUGCUGUGAAUCGCAAGCCCCCUCAUGAAUGGGGGAAGGGAUUAAUGGAAGUGCUGCCGCAGGCUAAAGUCUACAUCCAGAAGUCUGGCUACUUUGUGAAGGAGAACCUGAAGCAGUGGUCCUACUUUGAAGAAUGGUGGAAAAAAUACCUGGAGUCCAGGGGAAUUUCAGAUGGGGUGUCUGUUCCUACCUUCCCCCUCGUAUAUGGCGUGAAGGAGCGAGAUGAAUUCUAUGUCUCCCUGAGCUACUCUGGCUGGGGUGGGAGCAGUGGGCACGAUGCCCCAAUGAUUGCCUACGAUGCCAUACUUGCUGCUGGAAACUCCUGGACAGAGCUCGCUCACCGGGCUUUUUUCCACGGUGGAGACUCCGAUUCUACAGCGGCCAUUGCCGCGUGCUGGUGGGGGGCCAUGUAUGGCUUUGAAGGAGUCAACGUAUCCCUCUAUAGAGAGCUCGAAUACAGAGAGAGGCUGGAGAAAAUAGCUAAGGCCUUGUAUGAGUUCAGCCAGCCACAGGGCUUGUCCAAGCGGAGAGGUGGUUCUAGAGGUCACAAGACAAAACUAAGUUGUACAAACUUCCCUGUAUAGCUUGGGCAGGGGGAAGAAAGGGUUAGAUUGAUUUUGGACUGCACUUUACUGCCCAUCUACCCCUAUCUCCUGAUCCACCCAGGUAUUGCUUGUGCUUUAGCAGUCUGUCUAGCCAAUGCCUAUUAUUAGAACAACAGGAUUAAGGAUGAAAGCGUGAGGGGGAAAUCUGGCAUAGCAGCUAUGUUCACUCCGUUUUUUUCCUUUUUUUCUUUUGCCACUUUUAGGAGAAAUGCAAAUCUCAGAAACACCAGAGAGCAAUGCGUGGUCAGUCAGGUUUGGAUUUUGUCAGUAAUUGUAAAAGAAUUUGGUACUGAGUUUGAGUGAAAUUUAAUAUUUCUCCACAGAACAGAACCAGCACAGAGUGCUAGUGCGAGCCUUCCCUUCUCUCACAUCCCAGUGCACCUCCCUCAGACACAUAGUGAACAUCUCGACAGCUGAGAAGGGAAUACAGGCUCUAGGGCCCAUUCAACCCCGGGUCCUAGGGGACCAAUUAGUACGAAGCACGAGGGUGGAUUUUCACACCUUUAGUGUAGGGAGACACAUUUUUCUGCUUUAAGAGUGGUCGUUUGGCAUUUGUUUAAAACCUAAUUUCACAGCGUCUCUAACCUAUUGCAGGAUUUCAAGACCUUUUGUUAUGAUUAAAUAAAAAUGUCAUUGUUAUCUCUUGCCUACUGCAGUUAAGGGGGAAGUCAAAUCCACAUACAGUCUUGCCCUUCACUUAAAGGUAAUUCUAACAUUAGGGACAGAAUUUGCACCUUAUUUCAUCAAACUGGAUCUCGUUAUGAAGAAUUAGAAAUAGGAAAUGCCACUUGCUACCAUAUCCCUGUUAAGAGCCGAGAUCUUCAGAGCUGUUGAAAGAUGUUCUUUUCUCGAAAUGUUAUGUAACUGCUGAUAACACCUUUGAAAGUUUCUUGCUUUUCUGUGCAAACAGCUGACUUCUGUGCAUCUUACUCCCAAGAUGGCAGCUUUCAAGCUGAUCAUCAUUUAUCCUAAAUUAUAAAUCAUAAGAUCCUUUACAAAAGAAUAAAAUCACUACAAAAUGUAAUCUGAUAAUGCAGAACAAUUCUGCUCUAUGUGAAACCAUCUAGAUUUGCAAAUGAAUAGAAGAUAGCUGCUGCUUCAUCAUGUCAGAGGUUUGCUAUUGUGCCUUUUGAUGAAUUUGCAGCAGAUAUCAAGGAAAUGCUGGAAGCGUAUGAACAAGUUUCCAAAUGAGAAGGAAAAGAGAUUUGCAGUUCUGUACCUUUUGCCUGGGGUAACCUCUGGUUUUUAAGUGCUCUGUCUAGAAUGAAAUAAAAGCAUAUAUUUGGCAAAUGGAAGAUAAAAGCACUUAUUUCUCAUAUG